AUGGGCACUGUCUUCAUACGCCCCCAAGGGGCCCAUAAAAUGCGAAGGGCAGUGUGUCAAUUCUGCGAAUCUCCGAAAAGAUCACAGGCCGUCUCUUACUCCUCAUUGCAACGUCCAUCGUUGAGACAAGCUCUUCAAGAACCUGCUUGCCAUGCCAGCAACACGCAAUUCGAGAAAGAUUUUACGCAAGCAUUGGCACCAAGGCCGUUCGUGGCUCGAUCCCUGGAACCAAGGAGACUUGCAUCGUCGAUUUCGAAUGCAAAGUCUACUCUAAGUGGAAUAAAGGAGAAAUGCGAGUCUAUACAACAGUCCGACAAAGCGGCCUCGGAAGAGGACGUGGUUGCACUGCUACAGCAAUGUCUGCAUAUCGUGGAGUCAUUUGUGAAAAUACAGGAACCACACGAGAAAGAAAAGUCAAAUGCGACGUCGUCUUUGCUUGAUCUCGAGGAAAAAGCGGGAAAGAAGAGAAUGCCCAAGAAGGAGGAGCGGAGGACGGUCGACGUUAUAUCCCAGCUUGCCACGGAACUUCUCCUGGACGACAAAGUGUUCAUUUCGGCCGAUGUGCUCGAAUUGUAUACCAAAAUCCAAGUCCUCCUUAAGCGAGCCGACUAUUUCCCCCAGAUCUUCUCAAUGUACGCCAAUAAACCUAUCCCCGAGGCCAACACAUCGCCUGUCCAAUUUCGCCAGCAGAACCCCAAAGAUAUAAAAAAUGCCGUCCCUUCCGACUUGGCUAAUAGCGCUCUGGAUAUCGCCCUGGAGCAGAAGAACCUAUCUCUCGCUCUUGCUAUCAUCGAUACGAGCUUUUGCGCCCCGGCGUUCAACAAGGCCAAAUUGUUCAAGAAGGCCGCUCUUCCCAUUACUGGUCUAGCCACGGCGCCUUUGGCCUCUUACGUUGUUGCGACAUGGGCUGCGAAUAUGCAAAAUACUAUGGAUCCAUCGAUGGCCACGGGCAUCGCUUUCACUGCAACUCUUGCCUAUAUGGGAUUUACAUCAUCCGUAGGAGUUAUUGCGAUCGCCACAAGUAACGAUCAAAUGGAACGAGUGACGUGGGCGCCUGGCAUUCCCUUGAGACAUCGGUGGCUUAGAGAAGAAGAGCGAGGUGCUCUUGACAGAGUUGCUGUAGCUUGGGGCUUCAAGAAUCCCUGGAAGAGGGGCGAGGAGGAAGGCGAGGAAUGGGAUAGUCUUCGAGAAUUCAUCGGGAUGAGAGGAAUGAUUCUUGAUAAAACCGAGUUGAUGGAGGGUAUGGAAUAG